AUGAAAUUGAAUUAUACUGGCACAGUGAAUAAAAACCGCAAAAGAUUACCGCAGCAGCUAAAACAACAACCAACCAUUUUUGGAACUCCGAGAUGGUUAGUUAAUAAUGAGCGGAAUAUCCUUUGCGUUUCCUGGAGGGAUAAAAAAUCAAAAAAACCUUGCAUCCUACUGACCACAAAUGGAAGUUCUACAUUUGAGGAACGCCAGGAAGGGAGUCGAAAGAUUCAGAAACCUAGCCCCAUUCACUCAUAUAAUAUUAGUUUGAAUGGCUGUGAUCUUUUGGAUCAAAUGGUCUCAUACUAUAGUAACUACAAUCGCAAAACUAAGAAGUGGUGGAAAAAGGUUUUCACAUGGAUGAUGGAAGUGACGCAGGUCAAUGCUCACAUCUUGUACAUGUUAUCCCAUCAUGCUGCCCCCAAUGAAUGA